AUGGGGACCAAAGGGAAGAAUCCCGAGAAGGAGACCGGCAACACCCCAAAGACUGGCAGGCCGACUCAGACCGACGGCAACGACGCCAUGGAGCAGCUUCUCGAAAAGACCCAAUCAUUCCACAUGGGUGCUGCUCUUGUGCCGGCCGAAGAGAAGGCGGUUAACGUGAACGCCAAGUGCAAGGGCGCCUUUGCGGUUGCGGCCGCGCAGGAUAACUGGGACCUCUUGGAGGUGAAGAGGAUUGUUGCGGAGGCGAAGCGCGAUUUCUAUGGUUGA